GCUCUAAGUUUCAUAGCCAGUGGAAAUUAAGUUCGAUUCUCCAGAAAAAAAAACACACAAAGGGCUUGAUUAAUAUGAAAUUUGCCUAAACUUCGUCCCUACACUGUGAUGAAUCAUAGUGGGACUUAACUAACUUCACCACAAGUGUUAAACAGUUCGAAUGAAUUAUUAAGGAGAUGCUUUCAAAGUUCACAUCUUAUUGACAUUAUUCUCCCACAAUAAUGAUACAGAAACUAAGAACAAAAUUCAUCACAUCUUCAACUUGCUGGUUCGAUUAAUCCAUCCGCUAAUAACACAAUGGAUACAUCCCAAAUUAUGCUGUCAAUCAUUCUGCUUCUAUGGCGAUACGUCAAUGCAGAUGUUUGCGAACGCUUUUUCGAGAUGCCGAAUUCCAUCCUACAGGGUCACGUGAUUAAGACAAUAACAACAACCGAGAAAGACUGUCGAGUGAUAUGCAAACGCAACAGCGCAUGCUACUCGAUCAACUACAUCCGUAAAAGGUCGCAAUGUGUCUUGAAUAGCGAUACGCACUUUGGGUUCCCUGAACAUUUCAUAUCUGGCAGUGCACCUGGCGCAUACUACGCUACUUUGAAACCAGUGACAAGCUGCAGUAACAUGUUCUGUAGCAGCGGUAUGGCAUGCAAGAUGCGAGAAGACGGAAAGACACACAAGUGUGAAAAAGCAAUAACCUAUACUCCCCUUGGAUGCUACGUAGAUGUCAAGGACCGUGCCAUUAGUGGAUUUUUCGCAGCGCCAGUUACACUUCAGUAUUGCUUUAAGCUGGCUGUGAGUCGUGGGUACAGAGUAUUCGCAAUGCAGUUUGGCAAUGAGUGCUAUACGGGCGCUAACGCACACAAUACCUAUUCCAAGUAUGGUAGCGGAUCAGGAUGCUCUGGGGGUACCGGGGGAGGAUGGCAUAACGAUGUUUACCAAAUAAACUACUAAAUCUGUGUUACAAAGAUUGCUAAUACCAAAUUACAGUUACACUCAUAAACAUUUAAGUUGAUUGUGUAAACACAUUCACACAGCUUUGAUUAUAGAUUUUCUAUUUUCGUUAGUGAAAACAGAAUUUGCUCAGUAAAUUUUGAUGUCGGUUGUUUUUUCUCUUAGACAUUUUUUGGCUUGUUUUGGCUUUGGCUUGUUGAACAUAUAUGGGCAAUUCCAGCAUUGGCAUUCUUAAUAAAUUUGAUCAAAAUGCGAUUUCUGCAAUAUUAUGCGAACAUUCGUUAUUAAUUUCCAACAUCUAAACCGCUCUCAUGCUUCCGUCAAUCAAACCAACAGAACUUUCUUUAGUGCUUUUUGAUUGGUCAUUGUUCGUUGUGUGAUUGGAAACCAUUUCAGUGCUGCUCGAUGUUCCGAUUUUGAAGAUUGAGGGUCGUGUACAGCUCUAUUGUGUGUAUUAAUUCAGUGUUAAAUCGCGGGAUGACAGGGAAAACUUCCUAGAUUCAAUGGAGCCUCCCUGUAAAAUUGCACUUGUUUAGGGAUCUCGUAAAGUUUAAAAAAAAAUCAAGAAUACAAAAAAAACUUGUAAGAGGAGGAGGGGGUCAAAGCCGACUCGAAAAAAAAAAUUAAAAAUCGAAAAAAAUAUAAAUAUAAAUAUUGUGGAAAGAAAAGGCUGAAAAUAUCAUAUAUCAUAUGGUUUUGAGUACUGUGUAACAACUAGGGGGGUAGGUGCCAGGUUUUACUUCUGUACGUUGUUACACGACAAAGGACUACAAGAUGUUUACAAGAUGUUUUGGGGUAUCCACCGCACCCCUUUUAUAUGCUCCUAAAACGGCAAGUCCAAUCUGAAAACCUAAGCGUUUUACUUCGUUUUAGAUAAUGUUUUUUAGCCAAUGGGUGUACGAAGGGCGACCUUCCUACGUGGGUGUGCCAGUGAGUUAUCCUUGGACUUGCCGUGACCUACGUAAUGAUUACACGGUUAUUAUUGACUGCGGAGGUAACAAUGACUAACAGCAUUCCAAUCAUUUUUGCACUUACUUCCUUAAUACCGAACCUGGCUAUACCAGAGUUUCAAUAAACCUAGAUGAUACUUAGAGA